AAAAAAAAAAAAAAAUCCGCUGCAUCCGAUCACCCGCGUGCCCCAGACCCGGACGUGGACGCCACCUCCGAGCUCACCACCAAGGACUUAAAGGAGAAGGAAGCUGCGGAGGAGGCAGAGAAUGGGAGAGCUGCACUUGCGAAUGGGACCGCUCAUGAGGAAAAUGGGGAGCAGGAAGCUGACAAUGAGGAAGAGGAAGAAGAGGGAGGAGAGGAUGGAGAAGCGGGGGGGGGGGGGGGGGAGGGAGAUGAAGAGGAGGACGCUGAGGCAGCGACGGGCAAACGGGCAGCUGAAGAUCAUGAGGAUGACGAUGCUGACACCAAGAAGCAGAAGACCGGUGAGGAUGACUAGACAGCAAAACAGGAAAAGCUAAACUUAAAAAAUAUAUAAAA